AUGGACGAAAAGAUACGUUUCAAUGAAUCAAUCAAUGGACAAAUAUCUGUUUAUAAUGAAUUACUCAUCUACAAAUUAACAUCAACCACUUCAUUAUCAAUAGAUCGUCUUCGUCAAGCUCUCACACUUAUUAUUGCUAAACAUGAAAUACUUCGGAUAGCAUUAAUUUAUGAUCAAGAUAAACUUAUACAGAAGAUACUUCCACUAUCAAAUGAUCUGUUCGAUCUAGAAACUACCUGUGUAAUCAAUGAUACUCAUUUGAAGCAAAUCGUGUUAAACGAAGAAACAAACCGAGCUUUGUUCGAUCUUGAGCAAGGUCGAGUGUUUCGAUGUCACAUUCUUCGUCAAUCAUUUACUAAUAAUGACGACAACAAUUUAAAACAAGAAGACAUUAUUCUUUUCAAUUUUCAUCAUAUUGCUAUUGAUGGUAGUUCAAUUAUCGUAUUCAUUAAUGAUCUUCGACAAGCUUUUACAAUGCAAGUAUUGUCUAACAACAAUGAAGAUAGUAUUACCUAUCUUGAUUAUGCACAAUAUGAACGAUUAGAAGAUUGGUCGAGUGCUCGACAAUAUUGGAAUCAUGCCUUAGCAACCUUAGACAAUUCAAUUGAUCAACAAAAUUCUUUCAUACGAAGUGGCAAGGGUUAUACAGUAACAUUCGAUCUUGAUCAUGAUCUUGUUACUAAUUUGAAUCGUUUUAUUUCUCAAUCAAAUUUGACACUUUUUCAAGUUGGUCUCGCUGCUUUCUUUACAUUUCUUUUCAAAAUGUCCAAUAGCCAGCAGCUCGAUUUGUACACAGGUAUAGUUGUGGCCAACAGACCUCAAUAUCAACUUCAAAACAUGAUGGGUUUUUUUGUCAACACUCUACCAUUUUGUUUGAAGAUUGAUCCGUACGAAUCUUUUACCCAGCUUUGUCAUCGAAUUCAACAACUUUGGUUUGAUAUUCUUCCACAUUCGCACUUGCCUUAUCAGGAGAUUGUUAAACUUAAUCCAAAACUAGGAACAUCCUUCCUUCGAACACUCUUCCUUGUGGAAACGAUAAUGGAUAAUAGUGAACAAAAUAUAGAAAUCGAUGAAGGAACGACAUUUAAUAUAAUAGACCGAAAUUUACUAGCUCGCAAUACUACUAAAUUUGAUAUAACUUGUACACUGCAUGAACAUCGUCAAAACGAGACAAUCUCUGUUACGCUCAAUGCUUCACUCGAUGUUUAUGACGAAUUAACUAUUUCCACAAUGGCAAUGCGCUUGAAGAAUAUUUUUGAUCAACUCUUUUCAAUUUCCUCCAUCUAUCAAUUUUCGCUUUUACUUCCACAUGAAGUUGAAUUGAUGCGUGAUUUGAACGAUAAUUUUCUUGAUUAUAGUCAAAUCAGUUGUAUUCAUUGGGAUUUGGCUUAUCAAACUCAUUUACAUCCUCAAAAAGUGGCUUUAGUUUUAGAAAAUGGAUCGAUGACUUAUGGUGAACUAAUCUACUAUGCUCAACAGUUAGCGAAUCAUCUAAUCAUUGCAUAUGCUGUUCAGCCUGGUCAAAUUGUUUGUCAAUUAAUAGAACGAUCUUUCGAAAUGGUAAUUGGGAUGAUCGGUAUUUGGAUGAGUGGUGGUGUUUAUACUCCAUUGAACUUACAUGAUCCUGAUAAGCAGUUGAAUACAUGCAUUCAACAGAGUGAUGCUCAUCUCCUUCUCGUACAUCAACCUACACAUGAUCAACUUCUUUUCCAAUGUUUAAUGAUCAAUGUUGACCAAAUCAUUUGUUUCGAUCACAUAAAUGAAGAAAUAACAACAUGCAUCAAUUUUGUCAAUGUAACACCUGAAUAUAUCUCACAUAUUAUUUUCACAAAUGAACGUUCUGGCUUACUCAAAGCAGUUCAACUUCGCCAUCGCAAUUUUAUUUCAAGUAUUCGUUCUAAUCAUAUUCAACCGAUGGAUACUGUUCUUCAUCAUACAUCAGUUAAUUUUGAUGUUCAUUUAUUAGAAAUUGUCGGAACUCUAAUAAUGGGUGGUCAAGUAAUUCUACUUCAUCCAAAUGGUAAUCUUAAAUGUACAGGAACAGCAACACAAUAUAUCUACGAAGGCAAUAAUAAUGCUGCUGAACUCUUACCAAUAGGACGACCUUUGCCAAAUGUUCACAUCUAUCUGUUGGACGAAUAUUUUCAACCAGUUAUACCCGGUGUUCAAACAGGUGAAAUUAUCAUUGGAGGUAAUAUUUCAUAG